AUGCUGUCCAAGGCGUACCUGAGCAGCCUUUGUCUGCUUCUUGCCGUUCCAUUCUCUCGGACUUUACCUGUAGAGACUCGGACAACUUUACCUGCCGGCUGCUAUGGAAAGCGCACGGGUAUUCAUUUCACGACAUAUUCUGCAUGUCAAAUCCCGUCUACCGACCCAAUGGCACACUGUCCACAAAGUGCCGUCCUUGUCGACCCUUCCAUGACCCAUAUCUCGAAUGAUUACCCUACCUAUCCGACAAUCCAACAGGCAAUCGAUUCGAUCCCGAAUAAUAACCGCCGAUAUACAAUCUUGGUUAUGGCGGGGACUUAUCGCGAGCAACUUAAUGUGACUCGUGCGGCUCCUCUUUCGAUUAUAGGGCAGACAUACGAUCCUUUGGACCAUUCUAAGAAUCUCGUUACGGUUAUUGGUGGUACAGCGAAUUAUAAUAGCCGCUAUACCGAUAAUGCAUUCACGAGCACCUUGACCGUGGCUCCUAAUCUCAAUGCUAGUUUGACGGGCUCAGGUCCUACUGGAUUUGCUGUUCCGGAGGGUACACCGUUCGGAAAUAUAGACUUUAGGGUUUAUAACAUUGACUUUCGUAACACUGAGUUCGACAUCUCUAAUGGGCCGGCAUUGGCUAUCAGUGUGAGCAGGGCGAAUGCUGGUUUGUACUACUGUGGAUUUUACAGCUACCAGGAUACUGUCUACAUUGGAAAACUAGGAAACGCUUAUUUCUUCCAAAACGAGAUCGCUGGCCAAACUGACUUCCUCUACGGCUUCGGUACCGCCUACAUCAGCAACUCAAAGCUCCUUAUGCGCAGCUGCGGUGGCGGUGUCACAGCCUGGAAGGGUACAAACACUACUUUUGAAAACAAAUACGGUGUUUAUAUCGCUUCUUCAGAUCUCGUUGCCGCAAAUUCGACUAUUGCCGCCACAAUGAAAGGAAAAUGCGCCCUCGGAAGGCCAUGGAAUAAUUUACACCGUAGUAUCUUUAUGGAUACUUACAUGGAUGCCAGUAUCAAACCUGUUGGGUAUAUCACUUGGAGCUCUAUUCCAAUCCCUCCAGCUUUGUUGGGAGAGUAUGGAACCUACGGACCAGGUUGGGAUCCAGUUGGAAGGAAUACGACCCAGAAUCAGGCGGGAGUUCCGACUGUUAUGACGACUCAGUUGACGGAUGCUCAGGUGAAGAAGUUUAGGAAGCCGGAGGAUGUGUUUAUUACGGAGCAGGGAAAGAAGAAUAUCGAUUGGAUCGAUGAGCAGUUCUAUGCUUGGUAG